UAUUAAGAAAACAAGAAGUGUGGCUUGAUGUGGCAUUUUCACAUGACCAUAACAAAUGUUGAUAUUCCCUUGAUGUGGCAUUUUCACAUGACCAUAACAAAUGUUGAUAUUCCCUCCUAAAGCCGCCAUUACAGCCCUGCAUUUCCGUUGCAUUACUUGUCAGAGCUGCCGCCAUGGAAGCUCUCACAAUGCUCAACGCUUCCAACACUUUUUCUCCAGCACUACUUAAAUUCCAGUCCUCCAGCUCUGCACUGAGCUGCAGAAAAAGUACUCGCUUUUUGGAGUCGUCCUCUUGUAAUUCCAGUCGGGGAGCUCUUGUGGCGAAGAAUGUGGCCGUCCGGGGAUUGGAGGCAACAGAAAUUCCGAAAGAAGACUGCAAAUCUUCACGUCCGCUUCCUUCUCCCAGACCCUUGGAAGACGCUGGAAAGUCUCUUCCGGCGCCAUUGAUGGAGGUUAAGGUGGAGUCAUUGCAGUACGAGGCAGGAUUUAUCGGCGGUAUCUCAGAGAAGACGAGAACAGUUCCGGAUUGUGAAGAAGUUCCGGCGGCGAUUUCAUAUCUGACUGGCAUUCUGUCGUCCAGGGUUUAUGACGUGGCUAUUGAAACGCCUUUGCAUUUUGCGCCAAAGUUGUCGCACAAGACUGGCGUCAACAUUCGGCUGAAACGAGAGGAUUUACAACCUGUUUUUUCAUUUAAGUUGCGUGGAGCAUACAACAUGAUGGCCAAGCUACCUCAGGAGCAGCUAGAGAGAGGAGUUAUUUGCUCAUCAGCUGGUAAUCAUGCUCAAGGAGUUGCGUUGGCAGCACAAAGACUCAACUGUGAUGCAGUGAUUGUGAUGCCUUUGACAACUCCUGAAAUCAAGUGGAAAUCAGUUGAGCGUCUUGGUGCAACAGUUGUUCUUUUUGGAGAUUCAUAUGAUGAUGCUCAGCAUUAUGCCAAGAAACGCUGUGAGGAGGAGGGACGCACCUUUAUUCCACCUUUUGAUCAUCCAGAUGUCAUUGCAGGCCAGGGAACUGUUGGAAUGGAAAUUAUACGUCAACAUCAGGGCCCAUUACAUGCUGUAUUUGUGCCAGUUGGGGGAGGUGGCUUAAUUGCUGGCAUUGCUUCUUAUAUAAAGCAAGUCCGCCCUGAGGUUCGUAUAAUUGGUGUGGAACCAGCAGAUGCAAAUGCCAUGGCACUUUCUUUGCAUCAUGGAAAGAGAGUGAUUCUGGAGCAUGUUGGAGGCUUUGCAGAUGGGGUUGCAGUAAAGGUUGUAGGAGAAGAAACAUUCCGCUUGUGCAGGGAGUUGCUGGAUGGAGUGGUUCUUGUUGGUCGUGAUGCUAUCUGUGCAUCGAUAAAGGACAUGUUUGAAGAGAAAAGAAGUAUUCUAGAGCCAGCUGGGGCUUUGGCUUUAGCUGGAGCAAAAGCAUAUUGCAAAUAUUAUGGACUAAAGGAUGAAACAGUAGUAGCCAUAACAAGUGGAGCAAAUAUGAACUUUGGACGUCUGGGGCUUGUGACUGAACUUGCUGAUGUUGGUGCUCAAAGGGAGGCUGUUCUUGCAACAUUUCUUCCAGAGGAGCUUGGUAGUUUUAAGAAGUUUUGUCAUUUGGUUGGGUCAACAAAUAUCACUGAAUUCAAGUAUCGAUGUGAUCCAAACAAAGAUGAAGCACUCGUCUUGUAUAGUGUUGGUAUUCAUACAGAUGUGGAUCUCAAAGCCAUGAAGGGUCGCAUGACAUCUUCUGGUUUCAAAACGAUUGACCUCACAGACAAUGACUUGGCUAAGGAUCAUCUCCGUCAUCUUAUGGGAGGUCGUGCAGCUGUGGAAAAUGAACUUAUUUGCAGAUUUGUCUUUCCUGAAAGGCCUGGUGCAUUGAUGAAGUUUUUAGACACAUUUAGUCCACGUUGGAAUAUAAGCCUAUUCCACUACCGCGCUCAGGGUGAGAUGGGUGCAAAUGUAUUGGUUGGUAUGCAAGUUCCAGCUGAAGACACACAAGAAUUUUCAGCCCGAGCUUGUAGUCUUGGAUAUGAAUAUGAGGAUGAAAGACACAAUGAAGCCUUAAAACUGCUGCUCACUAAGCUAGCCUAAAUGGCCUCCAUUAUAAUAAAGAUUAUUAGACAUCUCCAAACCAGACAAGAAAAAUCUUACAAAUUGACCCAUUGUUGCUCGCCGAUCCAUGUUUCAAAUGUCAAAGGAAACAUUAUUUAAGUGGUGUAUGAGUUAAAUGACAGAUUAAAUAGGUGCAUAGAUAAAGGUUCAGGAUAACGAAACCAUUGUGGUGAACACAAUCUUUAAAUCUUCCAGUGUUCAUGAGAAAUAUUACAUCUUGUAUAUCGUCUUAUAACAGGUGCUUUGGGGGAUCAAAAUAUUCAUCUUAAUUGAGGACUCAUUUUUCCUAUCCA